CUGCACCACGUCACUCCCAUUACCUGUUUUUUCGCUCUCACAUCUCAGGAACAACUUCCCGCGCCUUCUCUCAACCAUUUCCUCUCGCGCUGCCGCAGUCACAAACACCCGUGACACCUUUCGACCUCAACUGACCACCAUAUCGACAGUACCCAGCAUUUCCGCCCUCUCCGCCUGAUAGCAUAGCACACAUCAGGCACACCUCGACCCUAACAUGUCUCUCUCAGACGCCCAACAGACCGCUCAGAACACCAUGGACAGCAUCAAGAACUCGCAGACAGUGCAAGCGGUCGCCAACGGCCCCGUCGUCGACAAGGCGCGCGCUGAGGCCAAUGCCACUCGAAACGAAUUCGGAAACCUUUCGGCAUCGAAGCAGACCCCUCAAACCACAACCGCCAACGGCCAAGAACUGACACACUACCACUCCUUCUUCUACAACCUGCUCUCGUGGGAGAACCCAAGAGCCACCGCCGUCACCUAUGCUACCUUCGUCCUCUCCAUCCUCAUCGCGCGCUAUGUCCCAGUCGUCCGAUACCUACUCAAGGCUUCUUACAUUGUACUUGGCAUCACUGCAGCACUCGAGGCUACCGGCAGACUCGCUUUGGGUCAGGGUGUGGCCAGCAAGAUGCGACCGAGAGCCUACUACAGAAUUCCGCCUGAGUCCGUCGAGAGCGUCCUGUCUGAUUUGGCAGAGCUUGUCAACUUCUUUGUCAUUGAGUUCCAGCGCAUCGUCUUUGCUGAGAACAUCUCCGCCACCAUUCUCGCCUUCUUGAGUACCUUCACCACCUACUGGCUGGUCAAGAUCAUGCCAGCUUGGGGCUUCAUCCUCCUCUCCACUACCGUCCUCUUCUUCACCCCUCUGGUCUACAUCACCAACAAGGAACUCAUCGAUGAGUACCUUGGCAACGCACAAAAGAUUGCUUCCGAGCAGGUCAGCCAGAUCCGUGGCCUUGCUGCUGAGCACACUGGCAAGGCUUGGGAGGCAAGCCAGAACGCUCUCAAGAAUGUUAGCGCUCAGGCUUCUGAGGUAAUUGGACAAGGAAAGCAGGCUGCUGUUGACAAGGGUAUUGUCAGCCCUCAGACCGCUGAGAAGGUGACACCGGAGUCGGCAGUCAAGAGUGACGACUUCCCUUCGGCACCAAAGGAUAAUCCGCUGGUCCCUGAGGCUACUACCCAUGAAGAAAUCCACCACAGCGAGAAGGAGCCUCUCCUUGCAUAAGCGUAUCCGAAGAGAUCAACUGUUGCGGAGAACUUGACAAGGUGAAGAAGAGUUGAUGCAUCAGGAGCACGACCUGGAGAUACCUAUGUAGCUACGGCUGGCCCUACAGAAUGGCAUAGUUUUGAUACUGGCGCUUGCUAUCGAAACCUGGCAUGGAGUUGGGGAACUGUAUCACUUGCUCCGAGCAGGUUUUGAAUUGAAGCGGCAUAUGCGAGCAUGACACUUUAGGUACUCUUACUAUGGCAUGAUGGACGAGAAGAUGAUAUCUGCCUAAUGUAAAGCGAGUGUCUAACCAG